UGGUGGGGCUUGAGGCAUUCUUUUACACUGUCUCAGUUCUCUGAGUGACAGUGGAUCAGUGGAUUGCUUGGAUUUAAAUCCGCACUUCAGCACAGCAAUUAUGGAUAAUACGUUGAGAACGUUCCAGGCCUGGGACUAUGUGGUCUUCUCCUGCCUGUUUGUGGUGUCCUCUGGCAUUGGAAUCUUCUUUGCUGUGAAGGAGAGGAAAGCUCCGUCUAAAGAGUUUCUGGUCGGGGGGAGGCAGAUGACGUGUGUCCCAGUGGCCCUCUCCCUGACCGCCAGCUUUAUGUCGGCAGUGACUGUCCUGGGUGCCCCCUCAGAUGUGUAUCGCUUUGGGGCCUCGUUCCUCAUCUUUGGUGUGGCCUACACCUUUGUGGUGAUCUCUACUGCUGAGCUCUUUCUGCCCAUCUUCUAUAGGUCAGGGAUAACAAGCACAUAUGAGUAUCUUGAACUGAGAUUCUGUAAGUUGGUCCGAAUAGCUGCUACCAUCAUUUACAUGAUACAGACGAUAUUAUAUACAGGAGUGGUUGUUUAUGCUCCUGCCCUGGCUCUAAAUCAAGUGACUGGCUUCAGCCUGUGGGGUUCUAUAUUUGCAACUGGAAUAGUCUGCACAUUCUAUUGUACCUUGGGAGGUCUGAAGGCGGUGGUGUGGUCAGAUGCGUUCCAGAUGGUGGUGAUGGUGGUGGGCUUCCUCACCGUGCUGGUCCAGGGAACCACCCAGACUGGGGGUGUGAGGGCCGUGUGGGAGACAGCUCAGAGAGGAGACCGGCUGGACGUGUUUGACUUUGACCCUGAUCCUCUGAGGCGCCACACUUUCUGGACCAUAUCUAUCGGGGGCACCUUCACCUGGCUGGGCAUCUAUGGGGUGAACCAGUCCACUAUCCAGCGCUGCAUCUCCUGCAGGACAGAGACGCACGCGCGACUAGCUCUGUACUUUAACCUGCUGGGUUUACUGGUGAUCCUGGUCUGUGCUGUGUUCUCGGGCCUCAUUAUGUAUGCAUACUUUGAAAACUGUGAUCCUUGGACCGAAGGCUUGGUCCAGGCACCUGACCAGCUCAUGCCUUACUUUGUGAUGGAAAUUCUGGGGGCAUAUCCUGGUCUGCCUGGCCUGUUUGUUGCUUGUGCUUUCAGUGGAACCCUGAGCACCGUAGCAGCUAGCAUAAACGCCCUGGCCACAGUGACCUAUGAGGACUUUGUGAGCCAGUGCUGUGAGAACAUCUCAAACCAAACAGCUGCCUGGAUCAGCAAAGGACUGUGCAUUGUGUUUGGAGUUUGCUGCACCUCAAUGGCAAUUGCAGCAUCUUACAUGGGAGGCAUAGUUCAGGCGGCGCUCAGUAUCCAUGGUAUGUGCGGAGGACCCAUGCUAGGCCUGUUUUCUCUCGGCAUUCUUUUCCCCUGCGCCAAUUCCAAGGGGGCAGUUGGCGGCCUGAUGCUGGGCAUUGCUGUGUCCUUCUGGGUGGGCAUUGGAGCCUUCCUCUACCCUGCCUCUGAUCUCCACACACACCCUCUGGCCCUGAGUGUGCAGGGCUGUCCAGUGAACACCUCCCUCCCCCCCGCACACAUCAAUGCCACCAUGGAACCAUUCAUCAGCAGCUCUGCGUCUCCUGCAGCACACGGGUCAGCUUUGGCUGAGACGUGGUACUCCAUGUCGUACUUGUACUACAGUGCAGUGGGAUUCGUAAGCACGAUCGUCGCAGGUCUGAUCAUCACCUUCCUUACAGGCAGCUCCAAUCCCAGAGAGGUGAGGCCGGGACUCAUCCGCCCUGUGGGUGACCUCUUCUGCUUCUGCUCCGAGCGCCUGCGGAGGCAGUGCUGGUGUGGGGUGGACCACGAGCAGGACAAACUGGAUCUGGGGAAUGCAGAUAUGACAGAUGAUAAAUGUCCAGACUAUGACUCUUCAGUGAAAACCUUCAACAUACAGGAUGCUGCCUACACUAAUUCUGGCUUUGUUAAAGAUGCACAGGCAUAAACACUUCAGAGUUGUAUAAUUUCUAAUAUUGUGUUAUACGCAACAGUUUAGUUAUUUAUUAUGAGUUUUUGAAUUGAACAAUUUAUAUACAGCAGUAAUUUAAAGUGUCUUAUCACAUGGACUUUAUAGCAUAAUUCAAACACAAUUAGAGAUAUUUUUCAAAGAUGUAUGCAUUAAAAACUGUUAAGCAAAAUUAAGAUUAAUAACAGUAUAGUGUAUAAUAAAUGUAUAAGUAUAAUAAGUAAAUAAGAUCAGUGAAACACAGAUUAGCUUGAGGUUAA